AUGCCACCGCCGACCUCCUCCGCCUUUUCAACUCCCCACUCCCAUCCUCACCGCUCGCGCCGCAUCGAAGACGCGCUAAGCCAACUCGUCGACUCCCUCAUCCCCGCCACCAUCCCCCGCCGCAAUGAAGACGAUGAAACCCUUUCCGAAACAUCGACGGACGAAUAUGCGCGUCUCGAAGCGGCCGAGGCCGACGAGCAACGGCACAGACGCUGUUUGGAAAUGGCAUGGCGGGUUCUGGAUUCCCACACAGCAGCCGCGGCUGCGGCCAGUUCUACAGGGAUAGGUGGUAGUGGCGGUGUCGUUUCAGCGGACGUUAUCAACAAUGCGCCAGACCUGAUCAAGCGCAAGUUGCUGAGAGAAAAUGCGUCGCCGGACAAAGCGGUGCGGUUCUCGAAUUUGUAUUCGAGGCUGUUGACGCAGCCAGUGCUGGGGCAGAAGUGGGCGAUUUUGUACUUGCUUUAUCGGAUCGGGGAGGGUAAUGGACCUGCGGGGAGGAGUGGGGGUGCGGAGACUGCUGCUGCUGAUAGGGGGAAUGUUCGGCGCACCACCGUUACGACCAGAGUGGAGGAUGGGGGUUGGAAAAGGGAUGAUGGCGCGAGGAGCCCGUUGAUGGAUGAGCAUCAGUUGGAUCAUCUGCUGUUUCGGGAUAAAUUUGGUCGAAGAUCUGUGGUUGAUGAUAUCGCGCCUGGCUCGUCCGUUUCCGCUGUGGGUUUGGAUAGUCCCUCUGCGGCGGCUGCUGCUGCGCAUGAUGGCGCAUCGGCGCUCACGAGGAAUGGAAAGGAUAGAGCUUUUGUCGAAGAAACGGAAGGCGGCCUUGUGAAGCAGAGUGUACGGGCAGCGAUUGGAAACGAGCUUCGAUCGUACCUAGGCUUAGUUGCCACUCUUGAAGGCGAGAUCAGAUCGGCAUUAGCGACUGUUUCGGACAACUCCACAGAACCCAAGGGAACCUUGAAAGCCGGCGUUACGUUGAAAAGAUGCGUUGUUUGGAUGAGAGAGGCCACAAUGGCGCUAAGACUGAUGAGUUUGAUAGUAGAAGAGUCAAGAGGCAAAAGGGGUGGACAGUUAAUCACCAUGAUACACGAAUUUUCUUCGUCUCACGGUGAUCCUUUCGUCGGGGCGUUUGCUGAGCGUCUUCUGGCCCAUGUAACCCGGCCAUUCUACGGAAUGUUGAGGCAGUGGAUAUACGACGGUGAACUUUCAGACCCAUAUCGGGAAUUUUUCGUCGUGGAGCCGGAGGUUCGGCCGAGUGUUGAUCCACGACGCGUUGCAACAAGCGUUUGGGAUGACAAGUACAAGCUCGACGAUGACCUGGUGCCGACGAUUAUGACGCCGGAAUUAGCGAAGAAAAUUUUCCUAAUUGGGAAGUCUCUGAACUUCAUUAGGUAUGGCUGUGGGGAUUCGGCGUGGGUAGCGGCGUAUUCAAGAGAUGCAUCAAAGGAAUUAAAAUACGGGGAUACCGCUACCCUCGAGACAUCGAUCGAUGAAGCGUAUAAAACAACGAUGGCUCGCCUGAUUUAUCUUAUGGACUCGAAGUUCAAACUCUUCGAUCAUCUUAUGGCGCUUAAAAAGUAUCUUCUACUAGGUCAGGGGGAUUUCAUUGCCUUGCUCAUGGAAUCGCUAGCAUCCAACCUUGAUCGCCCGGCGAACUCCCAAUACCGCCAUACCCUGACAGCACAGCUGGAGCAUGCCAUCCGAUCAUCAAAUGCACAAUAUGACUCUCCCGAUGUCUUACGUCGCCUUGACGCUCGCAUGUUGGAGCUAAGCCAUGGCGAAAUUGGCUGGGACUGUUUUACUCUUGAAUAUAAAAUUGAUGCUCCAGUGGACGUUGUAAUAACACCUUGGGGUUCAACUCAGUAUCUAAAAGUCUUCAACUUUCUCUGGCGCGUCAAGAGAGUGGAAUUCGCCCUGGGUAGCACCUGGAGACGUUGCAUGACAGGUGCCAGGGGGGUGCUAGGCAGCGUCGAGGACAAGGUCGGCCAGGACUGGAAACGCGCUCGUUGCGUGAUUUCUGAGAUGAAUCAUUUCAUCAGCCAGCUUCAAUACUAUAUCUUAUUUGAAGUCAUUGAAGCAAGCUGGGACCAAUUGCAAGUAGCCAUCUCAAAACCGGGCUGCACUCUGGACGACCUCAUCGAAGCACACACCAAAUACCUCAACUCCAUCACCCACAAGGGCCUUCUUGGCUCCUCCUCCUCCAGUAAUCCUGCCGGCAACAACAGAGAAGACUCUUUUCUCUCUCAACUCCACCAAAUUCUCAAAAUAAUGCUCACCUACAAAGACGCUGUAGACGGCCUCUACUCUUUCUCCGUCGCAGAAUUCACCCGCCGCCAAGAAUUCACUGCAAAGAUCGAAACGCGCACCGCCCAAGGCCAAUGGGGUGUGACCGAAAAGGACCUCCUCCAACAAUCCCAGUCCCUAUUUCCUUUCACCACCUCCACUACAAGCAACAUCAACCGCCCUAACCGCUCAGACUCCGCCACGCGCAAGGUCCCCGGCUCCGCUUCCGAAUCUCCCUCAGCCGACUCAUCAUUUCCCCUUAGUGGCCGUGGUGGCGGCGCACAUUCAAAAUCGCCCUCUGAACCCAUAACCCCAACAGCAGCGGCAGCGCUACUUGGUGGCAUCGGCACGGCGGGCGAUGAAGAUCAUCUCCUCCCCUCUUUACGCACGCGUCUGCGCGACCUCGCAGCGGACUUCCGCAUACGCCUUCUCACGCUCCUUGGCGACUUGGCGUAUCAGCCAGACGUGGAUAUGCGGUUUUUGGGCGUGGUCAUGAAUUUUAAUGAUGUAUAUCAGGUUGUUAGGAGGAGACGGGGGACGGGAGCUGGGAAGGAUAGGGAAAGGCGGAAGGUUGGUGGCGAAGGGGAGAGUAGGGAGAGGGAGAGGGAGAAGGAGAAGGAUAAGGAGAAAGGGAGUGGUUGA